AUGGAUACUUAUUUUAGGAGGGCCUAUAUAUCACCCUCAUCCUCUUCGGAAAUUAAAGAAGUUUUAUCUUAUAGUGAAAUUAGAGAUACUCCUACAAUACAAAGCCCAACUGGAAAAAAGAUGAGAUAUAAAAAUAGUCAAUCAUCUUCAAGUCAUACAUAUGAAAUUUUUCAAGACAAAUUAUCUGUUACCAAUAAGCAUAGUCCUUCUGGAAAAAGACAUUAUGCACAUGAAGAAACGAGAAUGAACAAUUCUGCAAGCUUGAAAAAAAGUAUAAUUUUUGAUCCUAAUAUUGGAAAGUGUGUAAAUAUAUAUACUAGAAGACCUGGUUGUGCUAGAUUAAAACUAGAUUUAAUAGAUUAUGGAAAUUCAGAUAAUGACAAAUCUAUAAGUGAUGUAUACUCAUCUGAAUAUAAAGUAGGCCCAAAUACUUUAAACCAACAACAUUUUACUGGUUCUUCACCUAUAGUCAUUGGUGAUAUUCGGGAUGAUGAAACUAAAAAAAUUCAAGCUAAAUCUUCAAGGGGUUCACGGGUUAAUAUUAGUUCAAUAAACAAAGAGCAUGGAUUUUACAUGCCUGACAAAAAUAGUUGUAUAGAGAACCAUUACAGAACUAAACUUAUCAUGAAUUCUAAUGGAAGCAAGCUAAUAUUUAAUAAUGGAUUCCUUGUACCUUCAGUAUUAUGA